AGUCGCUUCUGCAACAGACACCACAGCGCCAGACGGUGUGGAGAGGGCUGAAGGGUAUAAGUGAAUCCUGACAGCAGCAGCAGCGGCAUGACGUGCCCUCAGCUGCAGGGCGGACGGAGCUCAUAGAGGACAGCCACUGCUGCACAGCGCUGAUUUAUGUCGGACAGAUUCCUGACUGAGGAGCAACGCCACUGAGCUCAGCCACGGCGGCAAGAUGACUGCUGCUGCAAAGCUUCUAGAGGAGAUGUGCCACCUGACGGCUCAGUCUAUCACCACAAUGGACACGGCCGAACACUUCCAGCUCCUGAAGCCGCUGGGAGAGGGCUCCUACGGGAAGGUUAUGCUGGCUGUACACCGGAAAAGAGGUACAGCGAUGGCGUUGAAGUUCUUCCCUCGUGAGUCCACGUCGCUUUUCUCAUUCCUGAGGGAGUACAGCAUCUCUCUGUCGUUCUGCACUCAUCCCUCCCUGACCAGAGCUCUGGGAAUCGUGUACUUCACCCCUUCACACUACGUCUUUGCUCAACAGGCCAGCCUCUUUGGAGACCUCUAUGACGUCAUCCUGCCGGAGCUGGGCAUGGAGGAGGACUGCUGUCAGCGGGUGGUGUCCCAGCUGUGUGGGGCUCUGUCCCACCUCCACUCCCUGGGCUUCGUCCACAGAGACCUCAAACCAGAAAACGUCUUCCUGUGUGACUCCGCCUGCCGAUGGGUCAAGCUGGGAGACUUUGGCAUGGUUAAAGCCAGAGGAACCAGCGUCCCGGAGGUGUGGUACAGCUCUCCUUACUGCACACCUGAGGCUGAAGUUGCCCGAGGAAACGAGGACAGCUGGGAAAGCAUAAACGACAAGAAUGACAGUUCGAUGGAGAAAAAUGAAAACAGAAAGAGAAUUUGGGUUUCUGUGGAGCCCAGCACAGACAGCUGGGCGCUGGGGAUCCUGACGUACGCCAUGCUCACUGGCAGCCACCCCUGGGAAGAAACAGCCAACGACUGUCGCUCAUACCAGAAGUAUCGAGAAUGGUUUGAGCAAGCGAAGGACUCCAGUGAAGUGGACGUGUGGGCAGAACCUCAAACAGAUCCGGACAAACAGGAACCCAAAGACUGUCUGGCUUCAGCGCCUCAGUUCGCGUGUUUCACCCAGUUGGCCUGCUCCUACUUCCAAUCGCUCCUCGAUCCGAGGCCGCAGCUUCGGGGGCGUCCAGAGGAAGCUCUGAGGUUCCUGGGAGGGGACUGGAUGAAGGCAAAAGAGAAGACGAGGCUGGAGGAGGAGAGGAAGAGGAGCAGUGAAAAGGGAGCAAUCAGAUCGAUGAACGAGGAGGAAGGUAGAGGUGAAGGUUAACAAAAAGAAAAAACACAAGACUGUAAAACCAAAGGAAAUGUUUUGAAUGUUGUCUUGCUAUGUGUUGACUAAACAUAUUUUUGCUAUUGAUAUAAAAUAAACUAUUUUACACUAAAGUUA